GGGGUGGCACAGAGACAAAUAAGGGUCAAUUUGACUUAUUAACUGUGUUAAAAAUAGUCUGGAAAACAACAUAGAAACUUGUGUUUGUGACCGUGUGUGUGUGUGUGUGUGUGUGUGUGUGUGUGUGUAUGUAUUUCAUUCUGGUGACUUUGUUACAGUAAGGAGAAAAGUCAGUAUUCACUUCCUGUGUUCUAAAAGAGAGAAGCUACAUAUCAGAGGAGGAGUCAAAUUCUAUCCUGUCAAAGAAUGAGAGAAUUUGAGAAGCUGCAGUUUCCCUUUUAGGUAAUGCUAGUCCACUGAGAGCAAAGAAAGAAAGCUGCUUUCAUUUUCACCGCUUUUCCUGCCAGGGAGCUGGAGCAGCGAUGGCUGAGAAAAGACCACCAAAAGAAGAUCCGGUCAACAUGGUGAAGUUAAUGGCCAGGAACGUGCUUGAUGGCAUUUUUGAUGAUUUGAUGGAAAAUAAAGUGUUAACUAGGGGUGAGUUACAAAGAUUAGGGGAAGAAGUGGACCACAUUGUGAACAGGACUGGAGACCUGGUUGAUGAUCUCACUGAGAAAACGCAAAUGGCAGGCAAAAUAUUUAAGGACCGUUUCUUCAACCCCAAGAAACAACUGAGUUUAAAUAUAUCCAGUGAUGGAGAAUGAAGGCUGGACACGCCUGGCCUCAUCAUCUGCAACAAAGAAUUUGACUAUCUUUCUAAUCAAUAUGGUUCUGAGGUUGACCUUUUGGGAAUGCAAGAUUUGCUUGAAAACCUUGGAUACUCAGUGGUUGUAAAAGAGGAUCUCACAGUUCUGGAAAUGGAAACAGCGCUAAGACAGUUUGCUGCCCGCCAAGAGCACCAAUCCUCAGACAGCACAUUCCUUGUAUUUAUGUCACAUGACAUCAUGGAUGGAAUCUGUGGGACAAAACACAGAGAAAAAGGCCCAGAUAUUCUUCGUGAUGAUACAAUCUUCCAAAUUUUCAACAGCCGUAACUGCCAGAGUCUAAAAGACAAACCCAAGGUCAUCAUUAUGCAGGCCUGCUGAGGCAAAGGUGCUGGAGUUGUUUGGGUGACUGACAUGGGAGAAGCCUCUGCAUAUAGGUAUGGCCAGUUCUUGCAGUGUUCCAUCUGGAAUGAUGCCAUUACAAAGAGCCAUGUGGAGAAAGACUUCAUUGCUUUCAAAUCUUCGACUCCACAUAAUGUUUCUUGGAUACUUUACACAAAUGGCUCUCUCUUCAUUUCCCAACUUAUCUACUACUUCAACGAAUAUUCUUGGUGUUAUCAUUUGGAGGAGAUUUUUUGAAAGGUUCAACAUUCAUUUGAGACCCCAAAUGUACUGACCCAGAUGCCCACGAUUGAAAGACUAUCCAUGAUACGAUAUUUCUACCUCUUCCUAGGGAAUUAAAAUCAAGCAAAGCAUUCAGGUAAAUGUAUCCAAGAAGUGGAUUUGGGUGCUCCCUGCUCAUAGUCUAUACAAAAUGUCUGGACAGAAUGGAGAACAAUGACAGAGUGCUGCAGCACCGUAGUCACUGAAGCUCGUCUUAUCUGCCUUUUCUUACUGGUUGCUGGUGAAACCGUAGUUUUAUUUGACUUUGGCCAUUGUAUAAUGACUGAACAUGAAAUGAUAAUAGUCCAAUGGUAGCUUGCUAGAAAACAUUUCAAUCCUCAUUUCUCUCAAGGAGCUACUCAGUGAAUAUAAAAUAUUUAGUUUUGAUGCAUGCACAAACAUGCUAUGUAGAGCAGGUGUUUAGCUUCCUGACUUCAGAGAAGUCAGUUUUGCUGAGUCACAUCCCUUCUCUGUUUGUGAUGAGGGCUGCCUGGACCACAGUGUCAACUGUUAUUGCUGGAUCUAUGCUGAGGCCAUGAGACCCUAGUGUAGAUCUUCCCAUUUGGGGAUGACAGGUCCAUAGCCCUUUUGUGAAGAUACAUCUCACAGGAGAGAUGAGUUCUAUUUAUAUCUUAUCUCUAGGAGCCCAAUUACUCAUGUUCUCUUCUCUUUAUAUUUUCCAGGAAAAUUAAGGCAUUAUGGUUCCUAUGAAUCUACUAUUUUAAAAGGUCAACUUAAUUAAGAAUAUUUUUAUAUAAACUUCCCAACUGCCCAUCCUCCAAAAAUAACAGGGUAAAAUCAUUCCUAUACUACUGCUGCAUUAAUGCUUCAUAAAUUCUUUUAAAAUUAUGCUUGCUUUCUCAUUUUACCAUAAAUAUGUCAUGCUCAUUACAAAACAAAGUUUAAGUAUAGAAAAACAAAAAUUUUAACGAAGAAAUAAUACUUGUUAACCUUUUUGGUAUUUCUAGAUGCAAGUCUAAAUACUUCUACAUUUUUUUAUUGUCAAGAUUUGUUAUAUGCACACAAGAAAUAAAGCCGAUAAUGAUUGGCAAAGAAAUGAAGAUAAAUGCCUCUUUUUAAUACUGUUACUAAUUUAAUAGAUAAAAAUAGUCAAUUUCAUUGGAACAUAUUUUAAAUAUCUUUAUUAGCUAGAUCUUAAUAUGAAUUAUUAAUUCAUAUUAUUUUCCUAUUUUGUUUCAAGUUUUUUGUGUUUUUCUUAUCAACUUGUAUAAAUCCUCCCUGUAUUAGAAGGAAGGAUUAGAUCAUGUUCUUAUGUUAUUAGAUCAUGGUCAUGUUAGCAAGUAUUUCUUAGUUUGAUAUUAUUUUGUGUAUGCUAUUAUGUGACAUGUAGAACACUGAAAUUUUCAGUAAUGACAUCCAUUUAUAUUUUUCUGCAUUUACUUUUACUUUUUUAAAUGAAAUAUUGUACUACUUCAUCAAUAAUUUUUUUAGAAUUGCUUUUAAGAUUUUUUUUUUAUCUAUCUCUAAAUUAUAUAUGUUGUUUCCUAUGAAUUAUGGGAUACUAUUAUUAAGGAUAUUAUUGAUAUUUUUUCAAUGAAUUACAAACUGUGAAAGAAAUACUUGUUGAUUCAUGCUUCAUUUUCUUACUAAUUGUCUUUAAUAUUAAUUUAGAAUGUGCUCUGGGCUAGUUGUUUUUGGAGAAUAUAUAAUACAGAUACUAGACUUUGGUUUUUACAUUAGGGAAUCUUUGACUACAAGGGAUUGGAAUCCACUCAAGCUAGCUUCAAAAAAUAAAAAUAAAAAACAAAAUAACAGUCUUAAAGUAAGCAUACAACAGGUAAUCUAAUAUUCCUACAAGUGGAAAACAAAAAAAUAGCCAUGUCUCUGGAAAUCGGGUCUAGAAAAUUGAAAGUCAGGAAAUUAUUCUCUCUGAUUAGCCCCUACAAUGUAGCAUGAGUCUUUCUUUUAAAUCUUGCAUCUAUAAAAAUCCAUAAUUUCUAAUAAAUUAGCUAACUUCUCUGACACAAUUUUCCAAGUAUGAAGUGGGUACACUAACACUUGACUCAUAUAGAGCAGGUACAAUAUUAUGUGUAUGAAGUGCCUCCCUGUUACACUGCCUGUCACAUAGUGGGCAAUUUUGAUAGUAGAAGUCAUUACUGUUACAUGCACUGAUUUAUCUUUCAGGGCUAUGCCACAUCACACUGUUAAUUACUGUUGUUUUAUACUCUUCUUUAGUUCUCCCUGUUCACAAUCUUCUUAUUCUUGUAUUGUACAUGUUUUCAGAUGAAUUUUAGAAAGAUGUUGUAAGUUUUCUGACAACUAAAAGGGGGUUUUAAUGGAAUUUAAAUAAGUACAUCCUUAGGACUAUGUUUUAUGUAAUCAUUAAGCCACAUAUUAUAUUUUUAUCUUUAAGCAAAAGUUUAGAUUUUCCUUCACAUAACUUCCUCAAAUUUUUGGAUAAAGAUAUUCCUGAAUAGAUUGUAUUUUCCUACUGUUUUGAAUGAAAAUACUUUCCUCCAUAGUUUCCAACUGGUUAUUGCUGUGAAUGUUAAGAAAAGAA